CGGAUAUUAAUUAUAUAAUAGGAAAAAUUACAUGGUAAGUAGUAAGCACAGGCAUAGUAAGGAUAAAUUAUAUUUAUUACCGAGUGAAUUAGCGUUAACUCAGGCGCCUGUGAAGAGUAACAGGCCGGCGGAGUUAGUGCCGUUAGAUUCUUGUUUUUUAACUUUAUUGCCCUUUUCUAACCCCUUUUGUACUAUAGACGGACAUAUUUUCGAUCAUGACAAGAUUAAAGAAUUUGUUAUUUCUCACGGAGUUAACCCCGUCAACGGGGCAAAAUUAGCUUUAGACGAUUUAUUUCCAAUAUACUUUAGUAAGGAUCAGAGUGGUCAUUUUCAGUGCCCAUUGUCGCUCAAGAGGUUCACGCCAAGUUCACAUAUCGUAGCUGUUAAACCCUCGGGGAAUGUUUACUCCUAUAACACACUUAAAGAAGUUGCUAAAAAGGAACAGGACGGACUCAUGCAUGAUCCCAUCACAGGGGUUGGAUUUCUGAAGAAUGAUAUAAUUACAAUACAAGAUCCUCAUAACACAGCUUUAAGAACUAUUUCCACUUUUAAACACAUUAACUCUUAUUUUAAACCUAAAACUACCAAUUCCAGGGAUAAAAUUAACCCACCUCAAUCUGACCUCAAACACACCAACUCAGACACCAACACCGAAACGAAAUCGGACACCGACACGAAAUCCGAUCCAAAACCCACGUUGUUGGAAGAGCAUUUGAAAAUCUUUAAACCUUCUAAACCCUCCUAUAGGCCUAAGCAUGAGUUAUUUACUACUGGUAGUCAGGCUGCAAGUUUCACGUCCACAGCCGUGGCACCCAGUUACAAGGUUGAGUUCCGUGACAAAACUGUCUUUGAACUGAGAUUACCUCUGUACGACUACGUAAAAAAGAUGAAACGUAAGGGUUACGUAAAGUUGGUAACUACGGACGGUGACUUGAAUUUGUUAUUACAUACUGACAGGGUACCGCUGACUUGUGAUAACUUCCUGCAACACUGUGAGGAUAAGUAUUAUGACGGCUGUGAGUUUUUCCGCUGCGUUCAAGAUUUCAUGAUACAAACUGGUGAUCCCACAAACACAGGACUUGGCGGUGAGUCUUCUUUCUACCGCCGUAACAAGUUGAACUCGCCUGACAAUUCACAGGUGAUACCAAAAUAUCUAACAGAUGAGUUUGAUAACACUUUGUAUCAUGUGGGAAUUGGCGUGGUGUCAAUGGCAAAUAAGGGGAAAAACACCAACGGCUCACAGUUUUUCAUAACUUUUAACACCUGUGAGCAUUUGGAUAAUAGACACUCAGUGUUUGGGAAAGUCGUAGGCGGUUUAGAAAUACUCAAAAAAUGGAAUAAUCUCAAGGUCAACGAUGAAGAAAGACCUCUAAACCCGCCGAAAAUUGUAAACACAAUUGUGUACAGUAACCCAUUUGAAGAAGCUAAAAUACAACUGGAUAAACAAAAAGAGUUGGAGAAAUUAGAAGAGAAGAAAAGAGUAAUAAACAGUAAAAGUAAAUGGCUACUAGAACCAACAGAUAGUGUAACCAAUAAAAAAAAGAAUAAAGUUGGAUAUCUCAUUAAUCAAUAA